UUCGAAUUGCCUGGCCUCCUCUCUAGCAGAAUGCAGAAGGUGAAAGAUAUGUCUGUUUGUGUAGUUUUGCAGGGCUGCGUCUGGGCGAUCCUCCUGUGGCCGGCCUGGGGAGCACUGGGCUACCCCCUGGACUGUAAGGACGAGCAGGGCAGCAUCAGCCGCUGCUCCUCCAUCUCCCUGGAGAAGCUGCUGGACCGGGUCAUCCAGCACGCCGAGCUCAUCUACCGCGUCUCCGAGGAGUCCUGCACGCUGUUUGAAGAAAUGUUUGUGCCCUUUACGAUGCACUCCCAGAAGAUUCGAGGCAGCAGCUCGUGCGUUACGAAGGCAUUCCCCAUCCCCGGUUCGAAAAGUGAAAUCCAGCAGAUCUCGGACAAGUGGCUCCUGCACUCGGUGCUGAUGCUGGUUCAGUCCUGGAUGGAGCCCCUGGUCUACCUGCAGACCACCCUGGAUCGCUACGACGACGCCCCCGACACCCUCCUGAACAAAACCAAGUGGGUGUCCGACAAGCUGCCGAGUUUGGAGCAAGGCAUCGUGGUCCUCAUCAGGAAGAUGCUGGACGAGGGGAUGCUGACGUCCGAUUACCAGCUGACCCUGGGGCACUACGACGUCCAGCCGGAGGUGGUGGAAUCCGUCCUGCGUGACUACGCCCUCCUCACCUGCUUCAAGAAGGACGCACACAAGAUGGAGACCUUCCUGAAGCUGCUCAAGUGCCGGCGUACUGACAAGCUGAGCUGCUUCCUCUUCUAGACUGCACGGUCCUCCCCUCCCCCCCGCCGAUCUCCGAAACAGCACCGUCCCCGUCCCCCCCAGCGCAGAGCCAGGUCCGGUCGGCUCUCCCAGGCUAGGUUAGAUCCACUUGCUUUCCUCAGGUCGCUUCUUAAUGUCUACAAAAGGCUUCUGUUGCUGAACGCAUGCCCCUGUCUGAGCAGAGGUAAAAAAACAACAACACAGUGAGCAUAUCUUCCAGCAAUGCAUACGUCCGCCAGCUGUAAUGUUUUAUGCAGACGUUUGUGAAAUGCUAAAAAAUUUAACCGCAAUGAUUUGGUGUUAUAGCACAUAUGCAUAAUUUAAGCAGCCCGGCGACAGACAUGAUAAAUCUGUAAAACAAUUUGUAGCGGCUCUUAUCCAACUGAUCACGCGCCUGCAUCAUUUGCAUAUUUCUGUGAUUCGCUCUGCGUUUUGUUUGUUGUUCUGCUUCUUGAAACAUUCUCUUUCGAAUCCUCUUUCACACACGGCGUUUCAAGAUUUUAUUGAUCCUUCCCUCCUCGGUGCGUGCAGAUUCAUCUUUCUUUUGUUCUGGCAACUUCUACCAAUAGUUAAGUCUAUAAAAACUUUGAAGAUAGGGACUUAGGAACAGA